GCCGCCGCCGCCGCGCCGCCCGCCGUCCGCCGCGCAGCGCGCCGGGCCGGGCCGGGCCUCGGGGCCUGCGCCGCCGCCGCGCGACCAUGUCGGCGGCCAAGGAGAACCCGUGCAGGAAGUUCCAGGCCAACAUCUUCAACAAGAGCAAGUGUCAGAACUGCUUCAAGCCGCGCGAGUCCCAUCUGCUCAACGACGAGGACCUGACGCAGGCAAAACCCAUUUGCUGGCUGCUCCUGGCUCCAGAUGGGACUCACCUUGACAACCCAGUGCAUCGGUCUCGGAAAUGGCAGUGGCGGUUCUUUAUCCUCUACAAGCACGGCCUCUUGCGCUACGCCCUGGACGAGAUGCCCACAACCCUCCCUCAGGGCACCAUCAAUAUGAACCAAUGCACGGACGUGGUGGAUGGGGAGGGCCGGACAGGCCAGAAGUUCUCCCUGUGCAUUCUGACCCCUGAGAAGGAGCAUUUCAUCCGGGCAGAGACCAAGGAGAUCAUCAGCGGGUGGCUGGAGAUGCUCAUGGUCUAUCCCAGGACCAACAAACAGAACCAGAAGAAGAAGCGGAAAGUCGAGCCACCCACGCCACAGGAGCCAGGGCCAGCCAAGAUGGCUGUCACCAGCAGCAGCAGCAGCAUCCCCAGUGCUGAGAAAGUCCCCACCACCAAGUCUACACUCUGGCAGGAAGAAAUGAGGGCCAAGGACCAGCCAGAUGGGAGCAGCUUGAGUCCAGCUCAGAGUCCCAGCCAGAGCCAGCCUCCUCCUGCCAGUGCCCUGAGGGAACCUGGGCUGGAGAGCAAAGAUGAGGAGGGCGCCAUGAGCAGUGACCGCAUGGACUGUGGCCGCAAAGUCCGGGUGGAGAGCGGCUAUUUCUCCCUGGAGAAGACCAAACAGGAUUUGAAGGCCGAGGAGCAGCAGCUGCCCCCGCCGCUCUCCCCUCCCAGCCCCAGCACCCCCAACAACAGGAGGUCCCAGGUGAUUGAGAAAUUUGAGGCCUUGGACAUUGAGAAGGCAGAGCACAUGGAGACCACCUCGUCGGCCGCACCCUCGCCAUCAAGCGAUACUCGCCAGGGCCGCAGCGAGAAGAGGGCGUUCCCCAGGAAGCGGGACCUCCCCAGUGAAGCCCCCACAGCUCCUCUCCCGGACACCUCGGCCUCCCCCCUGUCUCCACACCGAAGAGCCAAGUCACUGGACAGGAGGUCCACGGAGUCCUCCCUGACGCCUGACCUGCUGAAUUUCAAGAAAGGCUGGCUGACCAAGCAGUACGAGGACGGCCAGUGGAAGAAGCACUGGUUUGUCCUUGCUGAUCAAAGCCUGAGAUACUACAGGGAUUCAGUGGCUGAGGAGGCAGCUGACUUGGACGGGGAAAUAGACUUGUCUACGUGUUACGAUGUCACAGAGUAUCCAGUCCAGAGAAACUAUGGCUUUCAGAUACAUACAAAGGAGGGCGAGUUCACCCUCUCUGCUAUGACGUCUGGAAUCCGGCGGAAUUGGAUCCAGACCAUCAUGAAGCACGUCCACCCGACCUCCGCCCCGGAUGUGACGAGCUCACUGCCAGAGGAGAAGAACCGGAGCAGCUCCUCCUAUGAGACCUGCCCAAGGCCAAGCGAGAAGCAGGAGGGAGAGCGUGGGGAGCCAGACCCCGAGCAGAAGAGGAGCCGUGCUCGAGAGCGGAGGCGGGAGGGGCGCUCCAAAACCUUUGACUGGGCCGAGUUCCGCCCCAUCCAGCAGGCCCUGGCUCAGGAGAAAGCCAGCGCUGUGGGGCCCCCUGACACCCGCGCUGAGGCAGAGCCCGGCGAGCUGGAGCGGGAGCGUGCCAGGCGGCGGGAAGAACGCCGCAAGCGCUUCGGGAUGCUUGACACCGUGGACGGGGCGGGCGCUGAUGAUGCUGCCCUGCGGAUGGAGGUCGACCGGAGCCCGGGGCUGCCCCCAACCAGUGACCUCAAGACACAGAAUGUCCACGUGGAGAUCGAGCAGCGGUGGCAUCAGGUGGAGACCACCCCUCUCCGGGAGGAAAAGCAGGUGCCCAUUGCCCCUCUGCACCUGUCAUCUUCUGACGAUGGAAGUGACCGGCUCUCCACACACGAGCUGACCUCUCUGCUGGAGAAGGAGUUGGAGCAGAGCCAGAAGGAGGCCUCGGACCUUCUGGAGCAGAACCGGCUCCUGCAAGACCAACUGAGGGUGGCUCUGGGCCGGGAGCAGAGCGCCCGGGAGGGCUACGUGCUGCAGGCCACGUGCGAGCGAGGGUUUGCAGCAAUGGAAGAAACGCACCAGAAGAAGAUUGAAGACCUGCAGAGGCAGCACCAGCGGGAACUAGAGAAACUGAGGGAGGAGAAGGACCGCCUCCUAGCCGAGGAGACUGCGGCCACCAUCUCAGCCAUUGAAGCCAUGAAGAACGCCCACCGGGAGGAGAUGGAGCGUGAGUUGGAGAAGAGCCAACGGUCCCAGAUCAGCAGCGUCAACUCAGACAUUGAGGCCUUGCGACGGCAGUACCUGGAGGAGCUGCAGUCGGUGCAGCGGGAGCUGGAGGUCCUCUCGGAGCAGUACUCGCAGAAGUGCCUGGAGAACGCCCACCUGGCCCAGGCGCUGGAGGCUGAGCGGCAGGCCCUGCGGCAGUGCCAGCGCGAGAACCAGGAGCUCAAUGCCCACAACCAGGAGCUAAACAACCGCCUGGCUGCAGAGAUCGCACGGUUACGGACGCUGCUGACGGGGGACGCCGGCGGAGAGGCCACUGGCUCGCCUCUCACGCAGGGCAAGGACGCCUAUGAGUUAGAGGUCUUAUUGCGGGUCAAGGAAUCGGAAAUACAGUACCUAAAACAAGAGAUCAGCUCUCUCAAGGAUGAGCUACAGACGGCACUGCGGGACAAGAAGUACGCUAGUGACAAGUACAAAGACAUCUACACAGAGCUCAGCAUCGUGAGGGCGAAGGCUGACUGUGACAUCAGCAGGCUGAAAGAGCAGCUCAAAGCAGCGACGGAAGCCCUGGGUGAAAAAUCCCCCGAAAACACUCCUGUGUCAGGAUAUGAUAUAAUGAAAUCUAAAAGCAACCCUGACUUCCUGAAGAAAGACAGAUCCUGUGUCAGCCGGCAACUCAGAAACAUCAGGUCCAAGAGUCUGAAGGAAGGCCUGACGGUGCAAGAACGCUUGAAGCUCUUUGAAUCCAGGGACUUGAAGAAAGACUAGCUGUGUCCCACUCGACUUGAACCACACCCUUCCCAGCUUGCGGCAGCACACCCCAAGCGCUGCUUUUUGUCUGUACCUUUAUUUUUUUUUAUUAUUAUUAUUGUUGUUAUUGUCAUUAACUGUGGGUGUGGAUGCAUGAGAGACUGGUUUACGAGUUGUUCACACCACUCCCUGCUGUGUUGGUUCCGACUUCCUGUUGUCUUUAUCAAAGCUUGUCUCCACGGUAUUCUAAAAUCAGCCAAGCAGUGGGGGCCCGUCAGGUGCGCAAGGCCCCCUGCCCGCUGCGGGCCGCGGCACUUAUGGCAGUAUUAAGGCUGGCCACCUGUCGGCAAGCCCGCUCUGCCUCGCGGUGCGCUGGGUGGGACCAGCCGGGCGAGUCCCUAGGAGAGAGCAAGCCACCCGACCCGACCCAUGCGGCCUGGGUCACAGCACUGACGACUCGCUAGCCUGCGGGGCAGCCAGGGGGCAGGGCUGUCACCUUGAGUGGCCGCCUUUUGGCUUGGGAGGACAGCAUUUUGUAUUGUUCCACUAAUGCACCCCAGAACCACACCCCAGGCAAUCACGGUAAACUUUCACAACCUGGAAAAUGUUGAAAGCAGCCAUUCCUAUUUUUGUUUGUUUUUUAUUAAAUCUUGCACAAAACCCCAGCCCCUCUCAUUCCUUCCUACGCUCGCUCCUUGGUCACCAGUGACCUUGGUCUUUUCAUAAGUCCUUCAGCCUGCGGUUUCAGACUGUGAGUGCAGAUAACGAUGCAAUCCCUCGGAGUCGUUGAAGGAGAAAGUGUCCAUCUCUUUAACCUUGCUGGAAAGAAGCCUCCACCUGGGCUUUGGAAAGGUUGCGAGGAGACCUCUACGUUAAGUCAGGAAGAAAGUACAGAGGAUGUUAGAAUCAGAUGAAAACUGCCCAUUAUUUUGUGUUCUUAACUCUCAUUGAUAUGAGCUCCGAAAAGUUGUCUUGCAGCACUUAGAGAGCCUAAAGUAAAUCUAUACUAACAAAUUUGCUUUUUCUAACAGUUUAAGACCUUAACUGCCACAAAACACUCUACAGCACUUCUUAAAAAUCUCUUAGAGUUUGUAUUAUGGCUCCAUGAACACUAUUCAUCCUGUAGAGACAAGGGAUAUAAACAAGCCCUAGCUGAGUGGGACCAGCUCUGCUACCCCCGGAGUGAGGGGGACAUAUCCGAGGAGACCGUUCAGAGGAAGUUGUUCUGUUCUCACUGUGUCCCGCUGUGGGCCCAUCCAUUUUAUUGCCAAGAGCAUGCUUUCUGUAUGAAUGCUUGAGCUAGUGUGACAGUCUCUGGGUACAUGGACACUUUGGGGGUGAAAAUGUAGAGAUCAUCUUGCUCGGUUUCUAGAUUUAAGUUAAUGAACAAGGUCAUGUGGGAAAAGUCCUGGAAGAGCGAGACGGAAGGCCCCGGGCUGGUUGUGAACCUCCUGCUGCCGUGCUGCCUUCUCACAGAAUGAGUGCAGAGCCCUCACAGCACCGAGCCGCCUGUUCGCCAGCUGCUGCAAGUCUUAGCACACUGGUCACUCCUUUGCUACUAUUUUUCCAUGUUUUUAAAAGCAAGAGAGUAUUUGCUCUUUUUUAAGUCUACUUAUCAGACACCUCCACUGUGUGGACUAGCAGUGUUUUUAGAGAGAACCGUGACCUUUUUGUGUCAUGCUCAGAAUGGGAGUCCACAGAAGGAGCAUUUGGGAUCCUGGGGUCCAGAGCACUGUUUGAGCACGUGUCCUCUGGGGCAGAGCAAUGCGAUGUUCAGCAGGUCUGAUGGGCCGGGCUGCGUUGCCAGCCUCUGCACAGGCUGUCUGGGCACCGUGAUUUCAUGUCAUUCCUUCAGAGAGCUCGCCCCUCCAGCUUGUUUCCUUUGUGACUGCCCUUGCUGCCCCUGGGGGCUCUCUGAGCCUUCUCCAAGCAGCCCCUCCGCCAGCCCUCCCAGAGGUUUCCGGGCAGGGUCGGUGCACAGCAUGGGCUCCAUCUGCACAGACUGUGCUGUGCAGGCUUGCAAUCUGCAGUGCUUUUGAAUAGGUCAAAAGAGCGUUUUAUUCACUUGUUUACAUCACGUGUCCCUUGAGGUCGGAGCUCAGGAGUCCUGGGGAACCAGUGUGUUGAGUGCAGCAUUUGGGGGUCAAAGGCAGAGGCUGGGGAGGCAGCGCCUGCCACUGCAGCCUCCAUAAAGGCCCCUGCUGCUCGUCCUGGAGACAGCGGGCCUUCUCCGGGGCUAGCUCAGUCUGGGGGUCACCAGGAAAUGGACUGCACACGCUAAGCCAGCUGAGAACCGGGGCACUCUGGCUCCUCUAACAAAAGGCUGCUUCUUCUGUAGCCUCCCCAGAACGCCCUGAACCUGCGCUGGCGUUGCGGGUGUCAUUGUAGUGACAGCUACUGUCUGGCUCAGAACCAGGUCUGAGCUUCCUGCUGAUGGGUGCCAUCCUCUGGCGGAGUGAGCAGGCAGGACAGAAUAAAGAGAGAGUGUGCUCACCACCCUCGUGUCCCUGCCAUGCACAGUGUCUCUGUGUGUACCGUGCAGGCUCCCAAGCCCCUGGGAGGAAGUCAGCCACCGAAUUCUAGAGAAGAAAGAGUAAAAACGUGCGAGUCAAGGUGCUUUCUGUAUUGGGGGACUGGGCCGCCUGUGGACAGGGUCGUGGGGAGGGCUUGCCCGUGCACACCAAGCAGUGAGAGUGCCCCCACUUCCCAGGGGAGGAGAAUGUUAAUAUGGGUUGAUUUCACACUUGUAAUUAUCUUCCUGUAAAUGUUUACUAUUUCAUUUGUAAUUGCUUGCACCUAUAAAAAGGCCGUGCCAAACACAUCAGUGGGAAAUGGAGCGGUCGGAGUUCAUUUGGUUUUGAGCACUCGCACAGAGUGGCCACUUUCUGCUAGCCAAGUUCCUUUCUCAAUGCGUGUGGUGCCUGUGCCCGAAUAGGCUUGAACACUAGCAUUCCAGAUGACGGUGGGUGGCUGCAGCCACCCUGGCAGAGGUGUGGCAGCAUGUAGGGUGAGGUGGUGGGCAGGGCACUUGGCCAUUGGGAACUGAAGCUUGUGCUAUAAGGUGUCAAAAUGAGUCUAAAUUUGUGGGAGGAAGGGAUGGCAGCCUGGGACUGUGGAGGCUGUGUCGGGAACGUGUGGGUUUGUCAAGAGCUAAGAUCAGAGGCCCUCCCUCCACUGCCAGCAGGUGGAGAGGCAGGGAAGCGGGGAAGGCCCUGGGCUCUGGCUCCUUCUGUGGACCCCAUGAGGCUGUGUGGGCCGUUCACUUGCUCACUGAACCAACAGCGAGGCUUUGGAGGCCUUGCACAGGCCAGACCAGGGAAGAGAGGGAACUGCAGCUUUUCAAAAGACAAUUGUGACACUUGGAGCCUGCCUGAAAGGCAUUCAGAGGAAACAAAAUUGAUGGCCUAAAAAACAUUUUUAUGGAGAUGUAUUUAAUACCAUUUAUCUCACCACAGAAGUAAAUGGAACACUAACUUGUGGCCUGAGAAUGGAAUGUGACCCUUUUUAUCACUGCUGCCUGGUCGUCCCUUUACUGAGUCUGUUUUUAAGCUUGUCCUGUGGGUGAGGCACCAUAGUGCCUGUCCCAGCCCCAUGGGGUCCGGAGGCUGAGCAGCAAAACUGUGACCCCUUUUCUCCAGCUAUAGAGUGAGGAGGGUGUCCUUGGGCCCCCACCAGCUCUAGCAAUGCAGUACUGCGGGCAGCCGCCUGGAUGAGCCACAGGCAGUGUAUUCUUAGGAAAGGGUUCUUCCCUCCCGCACUUGCUGGUAACUGGGCCCGGCUCCUCAAGGCCCAGGGCUGGGACGAGCAGCCCACUCAGCUUAUAGGACAGCCUGUGGCCUGACAUCAGCGUCGGGGAGAGCUCUCCACUCCUGCUCCUUGGUGCCUGCGUGAUUUCUUCACGGCUGACCACACACGCAUUUCCUCCUGCCACUCGUUCACUCACAUGUCCACGUUCUAAGACAGUUCUUCUCCAGGGCUUCAAAGCUGUGUUUGUUAAAGUGAAAAGAAUGCAACCCUCGACAUUUAUUUUCCCUGAAAAUAAGUUUGCUCAUCAUUGUCCUAAAGAAGCUUGAAACUUAACACUAUCCUUGAUGGACACAGUUUCAAAAAAAUAACUACAGAAUAAAAUGACCCCUUUUAAGUAAGAUAGGGGAGGAAAUUUAAGUAUUUUCAAAGUUUUAUAAAGCACAGGGAAAUCUGUAGGAGUAUACUUAAAGGAAAUUAAAUACUGAAAGAAAAAAAAACUUUGGCCCGUGAAUUGGAAGCCUCACCUCUCUGGGAACGUCAGUCAUCGGAACAUCUCACGGCCUGAGAACCCGGGAGGUCGAGCUGGCGCGUGAUCUGUGCUCAGUGGACGGUGCUCUGUAGACGCGUCCGACCGGCUGCCCUCGCGCUUCUCCGCGCUGAGCUCAGUGAACAGUUCUCAGUGCCCUGGUCCAGGAGCCUCCGCCUGUACGAAGGGGCUUGGGAAGACAGCUGCUGGCAGUUUAUUCUAAAGGCUCUUCAAGGUAUUUGCACACCAUUUUUGUUCAUCUUUCAUCGUAGGCUCUUCUACCUGCUGUCCCUGAGAGGGGAACUGCUAGGGUGCUCAGCUAGAGCAUUGCGCUCGCACUCAGCGAGCACUGAGAAACCGCCACUGGCUCUCCCCAGACUUCACACCUGGAAGUUCACCAGAGUGCAGACUCCCCUCUGGCCUUCCCACGCCACCAAAUCCCUGAAAGGUCUGAGCCCAGACAUCAGCCUCCUCAUCCUAGGAAAGGUCUGAGCCCAGACAUCAGCCUUGUCAUCCCAGGAAAGGUCUUUUCACGCACCUGAGAUCAGGUCAAAAGGUCGAGUCCUUCACUGUUCUCAACAUCAAGUAGCAGGACACCAGGAUACCGUGGUCCUCCCACAGCAGGCCAAGGCCAUCAGGCCUCACACCACUCUUAGGAGAUGAGCAUCCAUUAUGUGCAGUUUUGUGUGUUUUACGCAUGUACAGACACUUCUGGCAAGAUGAUACUUUGCACAGUUCAGAAUCAGCUUGAAGAGCAGUCUAGUAAAACCACUCAUUUUGGGUUCUUAGAUAGGAUGACACGACGUGAGCCCAGUACGGAAAUGAACGUUAUCAGUGCCCUUUGAGAACGGUGAGUUUCCAGCACUCAUGUUUCUCCAGAAAGGGCAGCGGUCUCCCUUCUCCAAAGUCUUUCCCAGAAGAGUCACCAGAGCCGGAGCGGAAGCCCGCCACGAGCCACACGCCCCUGGGGCGGGACAGUGACCUGCUGCAGCGCGUCCUUGGGCCCUCCCUCCAGUUCACACGGGACUUGGUGAGGACAUAAGCUACUGCACGCUCAGUGUGGCUUCCAAUUCCUCUGUAUUUGAAAGCAGCUGUGUGUAUUUUCCUCAAAAUGCCCUCUAUAUUCAGAGCAAGCAGUGUGAAUAUCACUCAGAAGUUACUACAGGGAUUUUUCUGACAAGGUUUGUGUGGGUUUUUAAAAUCUUAUACAAACAUCCCUUUUUAAGAUAAGAGAACAGCUUUGGGUACAACAUUGAACUCCACCCAACAUGAUAAGGAAAUGUUUUUAAUGCCUGAUAGAUCUUUUUAAAAGCUUUGGUCAUUUAACGGGCAGUUUCAGAGACUACACAGUAUCUAAACUAACGAGAAUCCUGCACCCAGACACUGUUCUUCAUUGACAGAACUCUGUAAUCCUUGUUCUUGGUAGAGCCCUUCAGAGUCCUCGAGGAAAGUCAGAAGAACACGGUAGUUCCAUCCUGACCAGAUCCUUUACGUAGUUCUUAAGGCUUGUCGGCGACUUAGUGCGCAGCACAGUGCGUCUAAAUAGGAGUCAGGAGUCUAAAUGGGUGACCUCGGGCUGCUUACGGGCAGGCCUGCAGGUGGAGUCCAGCCAAGCAGCUUCCUCACCCCAGCUCUUGGGUUGUACUGCCAUAACAGCCAGGUCGCAAAACUUGAAAGGCUCCUAUUGUACAACAUGUGUCUGUCUGGUAAGGAAACAUUCAGUCACCAGAUACAUGUGAACUGGACCGUCAGUCCUGUAGGAUGCCCUGGGAGGGCAGUGAAGUCCCAGGGGAGUGAGCCACGUGUGGGUUUGAGCUCAUCGAGAAGUCACUAGACACAGCUGCCUGCUGCCUGUUACGUGUCCCGCACCCUUUACAGCCAGUUGUAUGACAUACUUCAGUUUUAUUUUAUAGAAAGCUAGGACUAGAUUAUAAAGAACACUAAACGCAUUAUUGUGCUAUGUUAAUAUCACAGAACUUCCAUUAAAAUGGAUUUUAGGAUUUACCUUGAGUAUUGAUGACUAAUUGUUAGGAUUCAAAACCAGUUAAGUGAUAAGAAUCAAUUGAUGUGGUUUUCCUAAGUAAGAUUCAUAAAACGUGAAGUUUCUAAGUGGCUCCCCAACAAUUAGAAUUCUUCAUGACUUUUCUUACAAAUAAACUUCUAUCAGGGUCAAUGUCUCAAUUCAGCUACUACAGACAAAACGCUACGCCAGACUGUCGGGGGAGCCGACACACGGACAGAGUGAGAGGUGCAGACAGGUCUUUGUGCUGUGGCACAUUUGGAAACAUUUCACAGCAGUCGUUUCUGCCACAGCUAAUUAUUUAAUAGUCAGGAGAGAUGUUCCAAGAACAAGCUUGUGUAGUUUUAACUGGCAUUUAAUUUCUGGACUGACGCUCAGUGAAGCUGUUCAGCAGACUGACAGUCACCUGCAGGAGAAAGCAGAGGCCCGAGAGCCCGGGUCACGCCUGACACGCUGCCCGGCCCGGCGGAGGGCCCGGGGCUGAGGCAGCUCUGGAAGCAGAGCCCAGCAGGUGGGCCGCUUCCUCCAGGAGCCAGGGUCCUCCCAGAGAGAACAGCCUGGUCAGCAGAAAAACAAAGUUUCUGAUCACCUGUUCACUACAGUUGAAGUGUUACUCUGUCAAAUAUUUAUUCCUGUGUGACAUGCUAGAUUCCCAUGGAUGUAGCUGAUCAUUUGUAUUUUGUUAAUAUUACCUAACUUUACAUAAACUCUAUCAUAAUAAAAUAUUUUUUGCAUCACCCUU